AUGGAGCGCAUUCAGCAAAGAGUCUGGAAACGUACGCUCCUGGCAAAGAAGAAAGUGCAGAGCAUCACAAAGGAUGAUGUCAAAAGUUACUUACUGAGGAAUUUUUUUGUGCUCUUCACCAUCAUUGCUGUCAUUGUCGGUGAGUAAUUUUGACUGAGGCAACAAAUCUUGAAAAAACAUCACUUGGACAGAGCGGUUGCUGUUGUCCACUUUCUUCCCCGUUGAGAAGAACUUGCCGGCUUGGAAAGUUUUCUAUCCGAACACUCUGCGUUGUUCAGGAGUUGGUGAAAGUUUCACUGUUGAUGGUUAGGUCUGCAGGUCUGACUGCAGUUGCACUGCUCCGUGUUUUAAAUUAGUAGAGCUCCAAGGGGGUUAAAUCAGAAGGAAAAUGGUUGAGUUAUUUUACUGAUUUCUUUUUUUAAAAAAAGCCCUUAAUUAGAAGCCGCUUUUUAUGAGCCCUUAAUCCUUCUUAACAAUUAAAGAAAAUUGGCUACUGCCUCAGCGCAAUUUCCCAAGGGUGUGUUUCUCUUACGUAUUUAUUUACUAUAUUUUUAUCCUGCUUCUCAGACCGUUUCAGACAACUGUUGUCUCCCCAAGCAGCUCACUUCAAUAAAAAGAGAGUGAAAGAGGCCAGCCAUCAGACUUACAAACUAAAAAGGCAAGACUCAAAAGGAAAGAGGAGUAAAGGGAAAGAAAGUUAGAGGAGAAGAAAUCAGUUAUUUGAGGCCAGAACGAAGUGUUGAGUUAUAAGCAUUUUUUAUACCCUGUUUGGGUCAGGCUGGUCUUCCUUUGCUGGUGUUCAUGCUUAAAUUCCAGUUGGUAGCUCUUAGAGCAAAGUUUCCAGUGUCUCUUAAUUUUGAACAAAGUCAAGAUCCACAAGUGAGAACAUAACAGCCUCAAUAUUAAGCUAUUUUUCCCCCUCACAGUUAAAGAAUUACAGCCACACAGCCAAGGUCAGGAGUUUAUGGUUUGUUUGGUUUUGGGGUUUUUUUUAGAAAUCUGUGUGUUACUCAUGCAAUUCAGUAGCUAUUAAGAUAUAUACCUGCAUAAUGGUUAUGGAAGGUAACCUGAUUGGGUUUUGUUUACAAAGCCGAUUAGGGCAAUGUUUGCACUUUUUAUAUAUUUUGAAUAUCUCCAGUGAGAUGAUAGAAAAAGGUUGGCUUGGGAAUUUUCCUUGCUGUGUUUACAAUCCACCUAUAUAUAUAUAUAUAUAUAUAUAUAUAUAUAUAUAUAUAUACACACACACACAUACACACACUUCAGAUAAGAAUUUAUAGUGGCCUGAAUCCACAGAACUGCGUGGUCGCUAGUUCUACAAGGCAAGGAGACUUUGGGCUGGUAGUCCCCAUUUGCCUCAUGGCAAAUCUCUUUUUGAAACUUUAAAAAGAUACAGCGUUCUCAUCCAUCAUUCAAAUGAAAAACCAUUUUGAUCCCACCAGGCCCGUCCAACUCCUUAGGCACGCCUAAAGUAGCUCUCUGAGCCAUCACUGUCGGGUUCCUUUUGUGAGAAAAUAUUUUUAUAGGAAGAAAAGAAUUCACGAAAGUGUGGUGUGUAUGAAAAUAUUUGAUUUCUGGGGUUCUGCUUUCUGCAAACAAAAAUCAUUUGCACUCUGGAGAGUCGCAUUCUUUAUUUUGGAGAGUAUCAGGUGUUGGUUAUUAUUAAAAGCAAGUCAGAAAGGCUGCCGAAUACAGCGAAAGAGGCUGACCCAGCUUGCUUCCUAAACCUCUGCAAAGAUUGCACAUCACGGAUAUAUUCCUGUGGGAAUUUCACAAGGAUGUUAAUAGGGGUGUCUGGUUCAGUGAAAGAUGCACAGAAUCCCAGACCACUUUCCCAAAGUUUGCACUACGUGCAGAUUGUGUCCCAAACUUUCCACCCUUUUCGUCAUUACAUUUUGAUGGCCCAACUGGGUGUGAACCAAUGCAGUUGGGCUUGCAAGCAAAAACUUCUAGUUAAUUUAUGCCACGAUUCGUCUUAAGAAACAAAUUGGACUCCCAAGAGGAAGCUUACCGGUAUGUCUUCGAGGGAGGAUGUGGUACUUCAGGAAAAAGUAAGGCUGAAAUCCUCUGACCCUGAACCUGACUCACAAACUGAUUAGAGUUAAUAUAAUGUACUUGGACUUCCAAAAAGUUUUCAACAAGGACCCCUGAGUAAGCUUAGUAAUUAAGGAAAAAGAGGAGAGGUUCUCCUGUAGAUCAGGAAUUGGUUAAGCAGGAAGCAUGGAGUGGGAAUGAAUUGACAUUUAUCUGAACAAAGAGAUGUAGAAAAAUUAGUACGCCAAGGAUGGGUAUUGGAACUUGUUCUUUUAACUUGUUCGUGAAUGACUUAAGAGUUCCACGCUGGGAAUAAUUAGAAAAAGGAAUUGAAAAUAAAACUACCGAUAUAAUGUUAUUAUACAAAUGUAUGGUGUGACUGCACUAGGAAUACUAUGUAUAAUUCUGGUCACCUCAAAAAGGAUAUUGUAGAGUAGGAAAAGAUUCAGAAAUGGGCAACCAAAAUUUUCAAGGGGAUAGAGUGACUCCUCUAGAUUGCAGUGUGUGUGACAUUUUGAUUUGGUUUAGAGAAAAGGCGAGUAAGAGGUGUCAUGAAAGAAGUUUAUAAAAAGGAUGCAUAACAUGGAGAAAAUGAGGGGGGGAGUUUUUAUCCCAUUCAUAACACUAGAAGAGGCACGUCCAACAGGUAGAUCAUGAUCUACCGGUAGAUCACUGGACAUCUGUGGUAGAUCACUGGCUCCCCACAAACAACUUUGACCUUAACACCAAAAAAACAGGGCUUCCCCACCUAAGAAAAGCUAAACAACUUUGACCUGAGCCCCCCAAAAGGGGGUAGAUCACUGCCAGUUUUUAACUCUGUGAGUAGAUUGCAGUCUCUUGGGAGUCGGCCACCCCUUCACUAGAACAUGGACAUGCAAUGAGGCUGAUCAUUGGAAGAUUCAGCACAAAUAAAAUGAAGUACUUCUUCAUGUGGUGCAUAGUUGAACUAUGAAACCCAUAGUUUUAGGAGGCAGUGGUAGCUACCAACUUAGAUGGCUUUAAAAGGGUUCGGAAAAUUUGUGGAGGUGGCAGCUAUUGAUGGCUACCAGCCAUGAGGGUUAUUCUCUGCCUCCAUGGUUGGAGGCAGUAAUGUCAUUGAAUCCCAGUUGCUGGAAACCACAGGAGUGGAGAGCGUUCUUGUGUUUGGGUCCCAUUCCCUGGUUUCCCACUGGCAUCUGGUUUGCCACUAUGGGAGCAGGGUGCUAGACUAGAUGGGCCGUUGGCCUGAUCCUGCAGUCUCUUCUUAUGCUACCUGGGAGCGUGCCUCACUGAAUUCAGUGACCUAUGUAAGGCUAUACUGCAAAUAAGGUCUACAGGAUGUCAGUGUUUAGGUAUUGGAAAUGUAACCAUCAAAAUCCUAACUGUUUCUAUGUGGAUACACCUUUCAUUAAAAAUAAAUAUUGGUGAGCAAUUUUAAGAAUUGCAUUUCCCUCAGAAUGCAAAGACUGUCUCGCACGCCUUUCGGGAAAUCUCUCUUCGGGCAUUGAGUAGGCUUAGAUUUGCAUGGUUUUAACAGAUUCUCAAUCUAGCACCAUAUAUGCCCUUAGAUUGGUCCCCGUAUAGAAUCAUAGACUAAUGGAUUGAUAUUAUCUAACACACGCACACACAUUUUGUUGUGGAACUCUAAGCAAUCACAAAAAUUGUCUGGAAAUCUAUGCCAACAAUUAUUAAGAGUGGCUACAAAAUUAGGGGUGAUAGCUUCAAUGGGCAAAACUUUCUGCAUUAUAAAAAGGAACCAAAAGGACAGGUGGAUUCACUUAAAGAAAGUCCUUUCAUGCCCAGUUCCUCUAAGGAUAACUUAGAUUCACCUGCUGUGCACCCCCCCAAAAAAAAGAGAGAUUCUUUAAGCUCUGUGUGGGGUGUGGGAUGAGCCGUUGUUUUCCCCAGAACCAAGCUGCAAGCUGAACAUCAGAACCAACAGCUAUUUUUGCUUGGUGUUUCCAUUUGUCACAGUAAAACAGAAAUCAACAUUGUACAUGUUUGAGAAACCACUGGGGAUGAUUUCGUAUGAGGUGCUUCCUGUCUUGUCAGUCAUAUUGGACAGCACAGAAACCUUGAAUUGCAGCAUUCGAAGUUUUGAUGUGAAAUCUUUCUAGUGUGCUAACAUAUUCUGAAAUGUCUAUUACAAUUUGGAAAUGAGCCUUUCUAGUGUCCCCCCCCCCAAAAAAAAAACCACCUGAAUGAUGUUGGUAGAAUUGCAGGUCUUGGCAUACAAUCUCACAGAAACACUUCUUCAAAUGGUUCAUUGGAGGACUUAGUUUAAGUAACUUAACUUUGCGGGGUGGGAUCCAUACAGUAGCAGUGCCUAUACAGUGAUUUAACGUUUGAAUUUUGCGGAAAUCUUCCUCCUCUAAGAAAAAGGGAGGGAGAAAGAAGACGUGAAAAAGAAUGUUGCUGAUACAAGGACUUACUUGUUGAAUUUAUUUGUUUGUUGGAAUUUCUAUACCACUUAAUGUUUUAAAAUACAUGAGCAAUGUGCAUUUUAAAACCUGGAAUUACGGUAUAUGCAAAAUACAAUACAGAAAAAGAGCAAAAUAUCUUCAACAGCACAGGCAACUAUGGCAGGGAAAGCCUGCAUGAAUAAGAAAGCUUGAAGCAUAGGUCUAAAACAUAGCAAUGUAGACCCUGAUCAGACAUCCAUUCUAUAAAAUAGUGUAGUAAAGUCAAAUCAGCAAUAUAUGAUAGUCUUAAGAUGUUGAUUUGCAGGCUAAUUUAGUUUGCCUCACUUGCAAAAUAUCUGAUUUUGUACCAUGGAUGUUUUGUAAAUGGAUCAACCAGGCCAAUUGCAAUGCAAUCUUACAUUGUCAUCUACUGGAAUCCUAUGAGUUUGGGUUUUCUCUCUCUUUCUGCAUGGAUAUUGUCUAUUUUAAUCAGGAAUGCAUCGAGCAAGAAUGGGGGACCUGCGGCCCAUCAGGUGGAGUUAGACUUAGCUCCUAUCAGCCCUAGAUUUGUGGUCAGUGGUCAGGGAUGAUGGAAGUUGGAGUCUAACAACUUCUGUAGGUUAUGCAACCCGGGUGCAGAGCAUUGAGAAUUCCUUUCUGAAAAGGAGAACCUUUCCUACUGGUCAUGAUUCUUUGGGGUGAAGGGAUGAAAACUGGAAAGAAGUGGUGAGGGAAAAUAUGGAUAUUUGUACUUCACAGAGGAGCGCUAUUUCUAAAUAGAGAGCCGAGCUUGAGUUAAGGGCACUUUGCACCAUCAGGCAAAACCAAGGAGGAGGAGGAGACCUAAUGGUUAACACCAGGAUGAAAAGAUUUUUCUCAUAUAAGGAAUAUUUUGGUGGGUUUCAUUAAUGCACAGUAAAAUGGAAGCAAAGAUACCGUGUGUGGUGAGCAAUCUGAAUUGUGAGUGCCAGCAGCAUGAUAACUAUGUAAAUAUUCAGCCAGGCAAUCCUCAUUACAGCCACUGUUAAUUCAUGGUGACUAGCAGGAUCAGUACAGUGGUACCUCUGGUUACAUACUUAAUUCAUUCCGGAGAUCCGUUCUUAACCUGAAAGUGUUCUUAACCUGAAGCACCACUUUAGCUAAUGGGGCUUUCUGCUGCUGCCGCGCCGCCGCCAUGCGAUUUCUGUUCUCAUCCUGAAACAAAGUUCUUAACCCGAGGUACUAUUUCUGGGUUAGCGGAGUCUGUAACCUGAAGCGUAUGUAACCUGAAGCGUAUGUAACCUGAGGUACCACUGUAUAGGGAAAAGUCUCAUGUUCCUGUGGCCAGAUCCAGCACCAAGCAGCAAUGGUAGCAUAGAACCUGAAGCACCUAAAGCAAGGGGCACUUCAUUUUGCAGGUGCUUUAAGGUAUAGCAGUUCUGCUGUGAUGAGGCGGUAGCUGCCACCAGUAAUGAUUCUGCUAUCCUGUCUGGUCUAGCAGUGAACAACAGAAUCAUAGAAUCAUAGAAUUGGAAGGGAUCCUGAGGAUCAUCUGGUCCAGCAGUUCUCAACCUGUGGGUCCCCAGAUGUUGUUGGACUACAACUCCCAUCAUCCCUAAGCUCUGGCCCCAUAGGUUGAGAAAGGCUGAUCUAGUCCAACCCCUUGCAAUGCAGGAAUCUCAACUAAAGCAUCCAUGACAGAUGGCCACCCAACCUCUGCUUAAAAAGGAAGGAGAUUCCGGCACCUUCCGAGGGAGUCCUAGCCAGCAUAGCAAUGGUCUGGGCAGAUGGGAUCCAAUCGCAUCUAGAGGGUCACAGGUUUCUCACCUCUGCUCUAGCCAAAACUUUGCCAUUUUUCUCUUUCUUUGGAGCAGGUUGUAAUAAACUCCACCAACAAUCAGUAAGAAAUACCUCCUCCAUUUUAUAAUCACUAACCUGCUGUGAGGCAAAGCGAGGCUAAGAGGCAGUGAGGGGCUCAAGAAGACCACAUGAACUUUAUGACUGAGCAUAGAUUUGGACAUGGAUUGCCUUGUGUGACAUCUGCACCACAUUGAUUCUCUAAAUUUUAAUGCCCCAUGAUUCCUAUAAAUACCUCCCAGGUAGCCAGGUCAGUUCCAUCUCAACUUAUCCAAGAGGUAUGUUGCCUUUUGCAGCUCUUGUUUUGAUUUACUGCUUGCCUCGUCUCCAACCAGCUGACCUCCAACAUAGUUUAUUUUUGCUUGCUCUGUAGUGAGAUAGCUCUGACUUCAGUGUGAGACUUAAGUUUGGCAUCAUGUUUUGCUCAGAUUUUAGCACCUAGUUUCACUCAGGGCUUAAGGCCUCAAAAGAACAUUAGAACUGGUGACCUUUCUGGAACUAUUUGCCUUAAGCUCCAGUUUAACCAAUCAGCACAGACUGAUUGCAAGCUUAAUUUAAGUAACUCCUUUCAUCGUUCGUGGAAGGUUGAAAACUAUUACAGCUGAACUAGAAACAUCAAGUUGUACAUUCAGUUAACUUAGUAUAACAUUGUAAUCCUUUGAGCUCUGUCUCUUGUGCCUUCUUCCUUUUCUCCUUGAUGGACAUUACAAAGGCUCAAUCCAUUAAGGCUCCCCAGAACUUGUUGGACUUCAGCUCCUAUCAGCCUCAUUCAGCAUGGUCAAUGGUCAGGAAUCAUGGGCAUUGGUCCAGUUUGGUGGGCACUUGAGGGUCCCAGGGGAAGCUGGCAAUGCUGAGGUAAAGAAGAGAGUAUACAGAACCUUGGACAGCUCCAAGGGGCCCUACUAAUACAGCUACUGGAGAUGAUGUCCCUUGUGGGGCCAACCAGAACCUUAUGUAGGCUGACCAGACCUGUCGUGUGCUAGGCUUUACCUCCCUGAAAGAGCAGGCUGUCUGGUUGAAGAGUCGUCCCCUUAUAUUGCAGUCUAUGGCUUCUGUGAGACUAGGGAGACAGAUAUUUUGCAGGGGCUUUUCCUGUGAGUCAAGGUAUGGUGGUAGAGCUGUGUUCUCUGGGGCCCUGAAUGAGGUGCUGGUGUUCUUCCCUCAAGGAAGAUGCCUGAACCUUCUCCUCAUCAGUCCCCACUAUGCAUGGCUGGGUCCCCAAGUCAUUAGUCAUGACAGAGUUCAAGUCCAGCAAUAUUUGGAGGGAUGCAAGUUCCCCAUCAAGAGCUUGGACUAGCUUCCUUAUGAAGAAACAUUGGGAUGCUUCUUAGUUUAGGGGUGGCAACUACAUCUGAAGUUUAUGACAUUAUGAAAGUUUAUGACAUUAUGAAAAUUCUGGAGUGAGUUUAUUUGGUGGUUUAGAGGGAGGCAAAGAGGAAGAGCCCCUGCUUAUGAAAUGCUCUCCCCACCUGGCACCAACACUACAAUAUUUUUAGUACCAGCUCAAGACUUUCCUUUGCUCGCAAGCAUUUGAUGUUACUGUCUUUUGUGCCAGCUAUUUUUUCAGAUUUUGGUUUGGUUCUUUGGAUGAUGUUCCUAGCAGGGCAUGGUUACAUUUUUCUUUCCUUGUCUAGUUAUUCUUCACAUGGAAUAACAUACAGAACUGAUCCCAAGAUGGUGCUGUGUUGCUAAAUAAGACAGAUUGUUCAAGAAUGGGUUUUGACAGAGAACAGUCUUGCAAUAGCUAUUAGCUAGGAAAGUUAGCAAGAUGUUAACGAUCUUUGUAUUACCUACUAUCCAGAGGUAUACUAUCCUGUUUUUGUAAUAUACAUAUGAUUACUGAAUGCUGGAACAAACAGAGAACAGUUAUUUUUCUCCGUUAGGCUUCCAGGGCAUCAUCUUGGCUGCUAUGUGAGAUAAUUUAGCACCACCAGCAAUUCUUAUAUUAUUAGUUUCCACAGAAAGCUCUUCAAUUGCCUUAAUAAGGAGGGAGUUGUUUUAUUGCAAGCUCAUGCUUAUUUGUGUGAUUCUUGACUUUAUACAGUAUAUUUUGAUUAUUUUUCAUAAUGAAUAAGAAGAACGCAAUAGUUUGCUAAUAGCGGCCUGGUUCACAACCACACCGUGGGUGGUCUUCAGGGCCAUGUGUUGGGUUUGCAUGCUGUGGUUCCCUCGCUCAUUUCCUGCUUCAUGAGAACUAUAAAUUGCCAUGAUGACUAAUAGGGCAAACUAUGGGGUUUCUAAAAUACUGCUAUCUUAUUGGAACUCCCAGCAAUCUCCUAACCAAGUCUACACCUUUUUAGCUCCAGAAAAACAGUAGCCUAUUGGGCACUCCCAAAUCAUUUCCUGGGCUUUGAGCAAACUAUUGUUAUUAUCAGAAUUGGAAAGUCAGUUCAAAUUGAUAUCCCAUUCUCAAAACCAAGCUGUAGUUUGAAACAGCCAUAAUUUUAAAAAAUUGGGAUGUCUUGUCAAACUAUAGUUAUUGCAAACCAAAGAGGGAACUGGUGCAUAAAAAAGCAGGAAAGAAAGGAGGAGGUUACACAAAAGCCUGAAGAACAGUCCGGGUAGACAAAGCUUGGUUUGGCCACAACAUCUGAACUUAUCCACUGAAUUGGAUGUGUAUGUUUAUCAAAGGGAGUGAAAAGAAUUGGACGAAACUGAAAUAAAACCAAGCUAAAUCUUACUGGUAUUGGACUUCCUUAGAGGAUCUAAGUGGGUUAUAUGUGUAAUAAAUAAAUGGCACGAGGAGGAAUUAUAUUAUAUUACCCUUUCAUUCUCUCUGCAUAGUGCACCUCUUUUAAAUAGUUUAUCCUUCCAGCCAUAAAUUCAUCUUUCUCGUUAGUUUUUGUCCAUGUUCUUCCAGCUGGUUUAUUUUGGAUAGGAAGCAUCAUUAUUUCUACUAAGAUAACACUUCUCUGACACUUCCCUGCACAAGAGGACAUCAUUUUGGAUGACAUAUCAAAACGAAUUCCAUCUCAAGUUUGCAUUGCUUUUAAAAACCACUCCUCCUUUUUCUUCCCAUCUCUCAGUGUAUCCUACCUGGAAGAUUUGGGUCUUAUGAGAGUUCCGAAAAUCUAGACCAGUCAGCUGCUAAUUACAUUUUAUUGUGGUAAAAUAACUCUUUUAAAUUAUGUAGGACUGCUAGCUUUACUCAUCUUAAUCAGUAGAUUAACAAACUAAGCAAUCCUACACAAUGCUUCCGGGAAGUAAGUCCUAUUGAAGUUGGUGAGACAAAUCUAAGAUUGUACUGCACAGGUUUAACUGAUGUGAAUUAGUGCCACAAAUUUAAACAGAUGCAGGACAACUCAAAGAGGCAUGUAUUUUUAAAAAAUAAAAAUCCAGACUGCAAAAACAAACAACAAUAAACAAAAUCGGCAGGGUUACAUCUUGUAAUUACUAACAGAAGGCAAUGCAUGUAACAUAUUUUUCAUCUCUGUGUAGGUAAACAUUUAUGUAACCUCCACUGCCAACUUGGACCUUUUCUGUAUUCUUCAUCAUAAUAUUACAGUGUGUGCUUAGUCUCCUUUCCAUCAUUUGGAGAGAGGCUGUAAUAAAUGCUGCUGUAUGUGCCCCUGAUUUGCAUGUGAGAUAAAAUCAAACUACACUAUAUGAAAAUAUAAUAUUUUAUCUUUGCCUCCAGCUAAUUUAAGUUGGUACAUGAUUUUUUUUUCUGCCAGGGCUUUUUGCCACAGCUCACUGUACCAAGAAGACACUGUUAAAAGUUCUGCAGUUGUCCAAUUUUGUGCUUAUUACCCUGCAAGCAGCCAUGUAGUCUUUGGGCUCAGAUGUGUUGUUGAAAUAUGAAAGGAAAAAGAAAACAUUAAAAAUAGCCUUCUGAGCUGUAGUUUUUGUUUCUUUGACUUUAAAUUAUAUUCCCCUUUUCUUGGGUCAGAAAGAAAAGCUGGUUUUAGUUCGUUGGAUAGGUGGUAGACACCUAAAAGAGGAAUCAGACAACGCGGUUCCUUCAAUGUAAUGUUGAACUACAACUCCCAGGCAGCAUGGCCAGUGGCCAAAGAUGAUAUGGGUUGUAGUCCAAGAACAUAUGGAGGGCACCCUAUUGGCUACCUUGAUCUAAAUGUAUAUGAGGCUGUUCAGAGGUUUGGGCUGAAGUGUCACCAAUAGAUCACUAAAAUGCAGGACUCCAUUAUCACCUUUUCAUCUGAGUCAGAUGAGGUGAUGGAAGUGCUGAGCGGGUGCCUGGAAUCAGUAAUGGUUUGAAUGAUGGGGUAAGAAAUUGAAGCAAAAUACCAAUGUUGGAAAUCCUGCUAGUUGGGUGUUUUAAUGGAUCUGAUAAGUGACGUUCAGCCUUUUCCUGGAUGGGGUUGCACUUCCCCUGAAAGACCAGUUUUGCAGCUUAGGAGGACUGUUAGCUCUGGCCCUUACUUUAGAUGCCCAAAUGCUAUCAGGGAAAUGAUUUGCUUUCUCCAGCUCCAGACCCUCUUGUCACACUUACCCAUGCCCUAGGUGAAGAUUUGGCUGCUACAAUGUAUUGGGCUCUCCUUGGAAACAUCCCCAUGUUCAGAACAUGGCCACCACAUAAUUGAUUGGCAUGGGUGGCUUGGAACACGGGCUUUCUGUUUUUAAAACAGUGCUCACCGGUUUCUGGUUACGAUUCAGUUCAAGGAGCUGAUGUUAACAUAUAAAGUCCUAUAUGUCUUUAAACUUGAAUCCAUUGGCUCAGGUUGGGUUCUGUGUAUUUUUAUGGCCACAGUUGUGUUUCAGACAGUAUUUUAUCAGGAAAUAAAUAAAUGGCACCUACACCAAAAUAGGGCUCAAAUGCUAGACAUUGCCUGCAACUUUGAAAUAUAAAGAGACAAAGUUGACAUAACAUUUAUCACAUUGUUUAAAGGGGGGGGGUCUUCCCUAUCUUGGGCUCAUGUUAUCUGAAGGACUGCCCGUUCCAAACCUCCCUGUUCUCCACCCCUGAGGACCCCUGAGGACCCCUGAGUACCAGUUCUCAGUGCCAUCACCUUCACAGGUGAGGCAGGUAUCAAUCAGAUAUACCACAGAAACACCAUAUAGAUAUUUAACAUUAAUAAUUAUUUUUUAAAUGCUGUGUAUGAUUUGGAGAAAGCCAAGUACCUCCAAAUGCCUUGUAAGGAUCAUGUUUGGUAUUUCUAGAAAGAGUCCAUUAAUAAAACGUUGUGCCUGCUGGACCAAGUCUUUUGUGUGACCUCAGUCCUAUUCCCCCUUCUCCGUCAUGAAAUUCCCUUUCUGAUCAAGCUUCUAAAUUGUGCAGGGAAGUCCACCAGACUCCGCACUGCAGACAUUCAGCCGGAAGCCAUGUUGGGCUGACAUUGAUAACAAGAUGGAGGGUGGAGAACCGAGGAUCAUGUCCUCCCCCCUUGCCCCGCUUUUCACAAGUGGGUAGGGUUUUAGUAAGGCCUGCAUAGUGAAUGUGUGGGAAAAGGCUAUCAGAGUGGAACGGUAGAUAUCAAUAUUUGUGGCAGAGGGUAAGGUGCAAAUAAGUGGGCUGGUGAUGUUUGUGUGAAUGUGGACAGGUAAGGGUUUUUUGUCAUAAAGGUAAAGGGACCCCUGACCAUUAGGUCCAGUCAUGACCGACUCUGGGGUUGCGGCGCUCAUCUCGCUUUAUUGGCCGAGGGAGCUGGCGUACAGCUCCCGGGUCAUGUGGCCAGCAUGACUAAGCCACUUCUGGCGAACCAGAGCAGCGCACAGAAAUGCUGCUUACCUUCCCGCCGGAGCAGUACCUAUUUAUACUUGCACUUUGAUGUGCUUUCGAACUGUUAGGUUGGCAGGAGCAGGGACCGAGCAACGGGAGCUCACCCUGUCGCGGGGACACAGUCUUGCUAAUGAUGCACAGCUCUGUUACCUUUUUUCACCUGAGUUAGGAGAGGCAAGACAACUUCUUGGUCAGUUUGUGGUUCUGGCAAUGGACUGUAUGAGGGCCAAUGAGCUGAGACUGAAUCCUGAUAAGAUGGUGGCCCUGUGAAUUGAAGGUUCCCACGACUGGGAAUUGGGCAGGUUCUGAAUGGGGUUGCAGCCCCCUAUAAGGAACAGCUACGUAGUCUGUUGGUACUCUUCAAUCUAGAAUUGCCAAUGGAAAUGCUGGUAGCCUCCAUAGGGUUUGAAGUGCUCUUGGCCAGCUUUAGUUGGUGUGCCAUCUAGGGCCAUUCCUAGCCAGGGAUAACUUGGCCACAGUGAUCCAUGCAGUGGUAACUUCACAAAUUGAUUAUUGCAGUGCACUCUGUGUGAGGCUGCUGACUGGAGCAGACUGGUGAGUACAUGUCACACCAGUUCUGAAAUAGGUACAAUGGCUACCAGUGUACUACCAAGCCAAGUUCAAGGUGCUUGUGUUAACAUAAAGCCCUACACUGCUUCAGACCAGGAUACCUGAUGGAGUCCCUACUCCCUUAUGCACCUGCCAUUGCUGUAAAUCUGGCUGGGAUGCCCUCCUAAUAGUGCCACAUUGUUGUGCGGCAACAAGUGAGAGGGCUUUGUCAUCUGUGGCACCUCAAUUUGUGGAAUGCUCUCCUCAGUUAGGUCUGCCUGGUGCCUUCAUUAACAUCCUUUAGGCUACCAGGCUAAAAUGUCCAUCAUCUCUCAUUGUAAUCAAAAGAUGGAUGAUGGACAAGUUAGUUGAAGGACUAUUGGAGAAAAGGUUCUAGGUGCUUUAGUUUUCUUUAUUUCUCUGCUGGGUUUCCAUGUGGGUUAUUGAAAUGGUUUUAUUGACAUUUAUUGUUUUGUACAUGAUGCCUCCUCCCCUUUGUGUGAGUCUCUUAGAGACUUUUUUGGACUAAGAGACUAGCAAGUCAAUUCAAAUAAAUAAACGUUAAAAACAGCAACCUUGAUGGUUAUCCACCACCUAUAUAAACGUUUUAAUUGACAUAGACUGGGUUAAUUGAAGGUAGAAUUGGCUGGGUUAUUUUCACAGAUGUGAUAAUUUUGUUACUGCUGUAAGUAGAUGGUUAUUUCAUUGCUUGUCUACUGCUUUUUUAUUAUUUGCUCUUGGAUUUGUUUUAAAUGAAAAAUGUGAUACAACUUUAAUAGAAUAAAAGAGGAUGCAAUGUAGCUACAUGGUUUCAUUGCUGUUCAGGAGCGUCACAGAACCCAGUUGUUUGACCCAUAGACAUUUCAUAGGAUAGGCCAGGCAUCCCCAACCUGCGGCCCUCCAGAUGUUUUGGCCUACAACUCCCAUGAUCCCUAGCUAACAGGACCAGUGGUCAGGGAUGAUGGGAAUUGUAGUCCAAAACAUCUGGAGGGCCGAAGACUGGGGAUGCCUGGGAUAGGCUUUUAGGUGUCAUCAGAGUUUGGUAAAAGAUCUGAUUUUGGAUAAGCAAGUUUACAUGCAGCAAUCUAUUGAAUGCUUGCCUCAAAAUUGGUUUUAUAGUUCUGUAGUUUUAUCAUUCUGUAAUUAUUCAUCUGAUGUGCUUAUUGUUUGUCAUCAUCUUGCAUGGCCUGUGGUCAAACAAAUAGAAGUAUUACCAAGCUGUAACUAAUAACAUGGCAGAGCUGCCUUUUAAAAACUCACUUAAACCUAAUGUCUGUCCAUUAACAUGAAAAAGUAUAAAAUAGAAUAAAAAGGCUUUAUAUUUUGGUGGUUAUACACAUCUGAAUCUUUUAAGUACAUUUCUAAUUCUGCAUUAUAUUAAAACUGGAAUAAAUUGUUCUCCAGAAAACAAUCAGGGCAUGGAUUGGGGUUUUUUUUAAUUAUAUGAAAAUAUGUGCUUCUCCUGUGCUCUCUCUGAAUAUUUGCUUUUUCUACCCCACUGAUGUGAAAGGUCAAGGCAAAGCCUGCAGAACAGCUUUGGGGUAUUUCUUACAAGCCUUUGUUCCUUUGAAAGGCUCGCAAAUUAUUUGGAAACCUGAAACUCUUACUGAAAAGGGCUUGCUCCAGGUCUAGUCAAUUUACGUCUGAUCCUUUAGUGUGCUAAGUUCCUCUUAAGUGAUACUCAGCACCUCCGUUUCUCUGUAGAGUAUAGUUGUACUGUUGAGGGUCAAACGGCUCAGGAUUUCUUUUUGCAGAAAUAGCCAGCAUAAGGAGUCCAGUCUGGGUUGGGAUCCCGGAGUAGAAGACAGGGUGCCUUAGUCAUUUACCUCCUGCUGUGUUCCUGAGCUGGAUUUAGGGACUUUUUUCAUCCUGAGAGCCGUAUUCUCUCCCAGGCACUCUUCUGAGGGCCACAUGCCCAUGGACAGAGGAAACAACAGGUGGAGCAAUGCAUUCAAAAUUUACCUAUGCGCAGUAGGCUAGUUUCUACAAGCACAUACCCGGGAAACAGGAUGAGCCAUAGCUCAGCUAUGAAAUCUGAAGUGUGUUCUCUAUGUUGUGCAGAAAGAUGUGCUAUGAGAGUUGUUGUUGUUUAGUCAUUUAGUCGUGUCCGACUCUUCGUGACCCCAUAGACCAGAGCACUCCAGGCACUCCUGUCUUCCACUGCCUCCCGCAGUUUGGUCAAAACUUUUAUAUGCCUGUUGUCUUUGUCCAUGGAGUUUUCUUGGCAGGGAUACUGGAGUGGCUUGCAGGUUCCUGCUCCAGAUGGAUCACGUUUGGUCAAAACUCUCCACUAUGACCUGUCCAUCUUGGGUGGCCCUGCACGGCAUAGGUCACAGCUUCUCUAGUUAUUCAAGCCCCUUCGCCACGGCAAGGCAGUGAUCCAUGAAAGGGGCUGUGAGAGAGACUGUAGCAAAAGAGAAUUGAUAACAAAGCAUCCGGCAGCAUCCAGCGUCUUCAGAUGGGUGAAGCCCUUCUUACGCCCAAACUAUGUUCACAUCAGCAAGAUGCAAAAAAAAAGCUUACGGACCCUGAAUUUGCUAAGAGCUUUCUUUAUAUCUGGGCUAUUUCUAGAUUCUGUCUGAAACACACACUGAUCUGUGGGAGUGGAAAUGCACGCAGCAUCUUUUUGCUCUUCUGCCCAAAGUUGCACAUUUAGCAUAGUUAGAACUUAGCACACAGCUGUUGCACAUUGCAGAGUUUGUAAUUUAAAGUUGUCCUUCCAUAGCCACUGAGGUCAAACAGGAGCAAGUUGCCCAUUACACUUGGCACAGAUAUACGUCCUUGGGGACAAUCCAGGCUGGUGCACAGGACCACCUUGCGUGUGCUGGCCAUAGUGCUGAGCAAAACAUCAAGGGUUCCUUGAGGUGAACAUGCCUCAUGACCUAUUUAGGAUGAGAAGGGAGAAUCACUACAGAGAGGUCUGAAAAGAUUAUUUCCAAGCUUCUGUAAGCAGGGCACUCAUGUGUGGUGACCUUCAGUGCAAGGCAAGUUACUGUAAUGAAAUAAAAGUUUGUGGGGUUUUUCUCUUCAGGGGCAAGCCCCAUGCAAGUGAACUCGGAGCAUGCUUGUACUAUGGACAAGCAGGUUUAAUGGCCAAUGCCUUGCUCCAAGGAACCUUGCAUAAAUAGCAUAACUAGAGGAAGGUCAGGAUUGUGGUUCAUGAUUGCUAAGGUGUUGGUGAGGAAAUACAAAGCUACCUUAAAUGUGUUCAGGUUUAGUGUAAGGAAGGAAUUUGCUGGGUACGCCCGGAACAUUUGUCCACCUUCUUUGAGAAAUCUUGCAGAACAGGUGAGGUAGCACAGGACUAGAGCCAGGUAAAUGUUGUCCCAGUCUCCAAAAAGGGGAGAAGGGAAGAGUUAACGGAAAAUAUUUUGAUACUGGUGGAGAAUAUAAUGGAGACAAUUUAUAAGCAUAUUGGUAAUAAUGCAGUGAUUAGUAGGAGUCAGCAUGGAUUUGUAUCCCAACAGAUUAAUGUUACCUUCCUUUUUAUUGGGUUACUAGCUUAGUGGAUUGUGGGAAUGCUGUGGAUAUAAUUUAUCUUGAUUUCAGCAAAGUAUUCAAUAGUUUGUUGAGUGUAUGCUCAGAGCUUCCAUGAGCCUCCUUUCAGUUGACCCUGAAUACAUGCAAAUUGUGAUGAAGAUGGUAGUCUCAUUUUUUUUUCUUACUUUCUCCCCAGGUAUCAUCCUUGGAUUUGGUCUUCGGUCAUAUCACUUCAGCUACCGAGAAGUGAAGUACUUUUCCUUCCCAGGCGAACUCUUAAUGAGAAUGUUGCAGAUGCUGGUUUUGCCUCUCAUUGUGUCCAGCUUAGUAACAGGUACACUCUUAUCUUUUCCCAUUUUCUGUUUUGCAGCAGCUGCUGCUUUCUCUUUCCCUUUCGCCAAUGUGUUGAUAAAGAGAAAGAAAUGCUUACAGCCGAGUGCAUGAAAAAUGGCUGUGGCGUUUGCCCUCCUAGGUGGGUCAUAAGGAAAGGGUUAAAUGAGUGGGAAGUGAAAAUUGUCAGUAAAUUAACAAAAUAAGAGAAAUUUCCUCUCAGUACUGUUCCUUCUGGCUAGGCUUCUCUCAAGACUCUGGUCCCAAAGUUCUGCUAUGAGUUUUCUCUCUAACCCUUCAAGCUUUACUUCCUCUGACCACGAGCCUAAACCCUCUGCCAGAACAGAUUUUGAGCUCUCUUUCUCCUUGUUAUUUUGGCUUUGCGGCUUAUCUUGGGUAUUUCACAACUACACACACGGGCUAGGUAAUCACUUCACAGAUUUACCCUUCCCCCUCCUGGUGUAUUAUUUUCCCCAACACAGGCGUAUCUAUCUGAUCCCGCCUCAAGCGUAUUAAUUUGGAUCCCGCUGCUGCCGUCGCUUUUGUGAUGGCUAGGCGCAACAAUCUAAAUAUCCCACCACAGGGUAUUGAUUGUAUCCCACCUGCGUAGAGAUGUUAUCCCAACACUUGCAUACCAUUUUUGUAGUGGCCGGUAUUGUUGUUAUCCCACCGCUGCCGACACUUUUGUGGUGAUCACACAGGAUCCCCGGACGUUUGACAGUCUAUGUUAACAACUGUCUGGACUCAGUGUGUACCCGAGAGAAACAGGUUGGUGGCAGCGGGGAAGCGAUCAUAGUGGUGGCACAGGGAUCAAUAGAUCGUCAAACGUCCGGGGACCCUGUGUGAUCGCCACAAUGGCAAACUCCAGGAUUCAGGUGCUUGGUAAAAUAAUUCAGGGGCCAUCAACAUGGUACCUCUGGGUGCAGUGGUCCCCUUGGGGUCUUCCCUUGGCACAAGAAAGCCUUUGAGUACCCCCUCAUUGAGCACCCCUUGAUCACAAAGUGGUGGUUACCUUUUUCUCCCUUGAAAUGCUCUUUCUCUUGGAAAUGAAGGCCGCAGGAGAAUGAUGGCAUUUCUGUGAUAGCAAGGUUUUGUUUAUACAUACAGUGGUACCUCGGGUUACAAACACCUCGGGUUACAAACAUUUUGAGUUACAGACUCCACUAACCUGGAAGUAGUACCUCAGGUUAAGAACUUUACCUCAGGAUGAGAACAGAAAUUGCGCCGCGGCGGCAAGGCAGCAGCGGGAGGCCCCAUUAGCUGAAGUGGUACCUCAGGUUAAGAACGGUUUCAGGUUAAGAACGGACCUCCUGAAUGAAUUAAGUUCAUAACCAGAGGUACCACUGUAUUUAUACAGGCUGAGCGUAAGUAGAAGAAUGGAAGAAUGUGGAAGACAUUUUAGCCGCAACAAACCCUCUCUGCUACCACAAAUAACAAAGCAGGAAAAUUAGGAUUUACACACCCCUCCUAAAAAUAAAUUAAUAAAAGGUUUGCUGCAUAGAUAGUGCUUUGAGUAUUUUGACUUGUAACAAAAAUAUUAGACUAUUUUACAAUACUGCAUAAGAAUCUUCUCAACUGCUUUGUGUGACUGCAAUAAUAUUAUUUUUAAAACAGAAAAUAUCCUUCUCUCCUUCCUCCACUCUUUUAUAAAUACAACAAAUAUCAGAGGGAGGAAGAAGACCCAUCAUUGAACCAAGAAAGGUGUGAGGGAUGAGGGGCAGUGGGGUGGCUGGCAAGAAAACAGGAUGGUUUCCACUUUCCUUGAGCAGGGACGACAGAGUGGCUUUAUCAAUGGCUUAGAAGUAUCUUUGUAGACAGUAUUGAUGUCCAUAUGCUGUUGUCUGCAGAAGGCAGCUAGUUUGUAAAGGGAAUGAGGUCAGUUGUCCAGUGUGAAUAGGUAAGGAUUCUUCGUUCUGAUGUUUCAACACAAGUUGUUUGGCUGCUUCGCGUGGUGCAAAGAAUCCACUUCUUUUGUCUGGAUACAAAGUCUCAUUGAAGCAAUACAACUUAGCAGUAAGUCUUUUGAGGGCCAUUGGAUUGUGGCCCAUCUCUCCCCACAAACUACCUUCUCAAAGUGAUUCUCUAUGAAAAGAUAGAUGGAUCCGUCUAUUUUUGCUCCAUGUCCUUUUUGCAUCUGUUCCUUCAUAAGCUUAUUCCAUUUCUGCACUAAUCUGUGUUUUUUUUAAUCUGCAUCAGAAGUCACGUUUAAAUACAUAUUGGAAUAUGAAUCUUUGGAUGCAUUUUCUCGCAAAGUACACAUUUAUACUUGUAUAAAUGCUUUACAAAAAUAGCUGAGAACUGUGUUGCAAUAUUCAGAGCAGCGUGAAAUCUGAAAGAUAACUGUCCUGUUCUCAUUUUGCAGAGGCUGGGGGUAGGGGAGUGAAAAUCAACUCUUUUUAAAUAGAGCAUUCCUCAAGCACCCCCACCUCUGAGAAAUCUAGUUGCUAACCUUGGGCAUAUGUUAGAUUCCCCCCCCCCGAACUUGAAUUUUUAUUUAUUAUUUGUUUGUUUUUUUAAAAUGCAAGUUACUUGCAUGAAAUGGCAGAACUUUGCUCAUCUCUGUUUGUUUUGUGGUGUUCUAUACAAAUCUUGAUACAAGGCGUUUCUGAGAUAUAGCUAUAGAUAUGCAACCUGUUCCCCGCAUUCCCAUUCAGUGAGAAACUCCAGAACCAGCACUCCAGGACUGAGAGUCGAGCUAGUCAUGACAAUAAAUAUUAUGCAUUGCAUUUCAGCCUUUUGAACUAAAAAUAAAAUAAAAAAUAAGGCAGCCACUGGUGGAGAGAGCAGGUUUAACCACAGUCCAGGGAAGGGGUCCUGUACUGUUGAAAGUCCUGCCCCUGGAAAGCUGUUUUUUUCCUUAAGCAGAGGGACAUUUAAUUAUUAAAACAUUUUUAUAUGGUGCUCCACGUUUUUCCUCCCAUACCAAAUAGCAGCCUGAGAUGGAGCUCGCCCAGUGGAUGUUCUCAGGAGCAGUUUGUGUGCCAUUUGACCAAUUCUGAGACCAUGAAAUUUCAAGUCACUGCACUGAGGCAUGAAGACUAGGGUAUUUCUUUCCUUUCUCCUGCACCCUGCGAUUGUUCUGCCUUCUCACUGCAGCUUCGUGCUUCCCCAUUCCAUGCACUCUCAGAUGCUCCAGCAAUGAUUACUCUUUUUCUGAGAGUAAGUGAUGAGUGUCAUUGUGGCCACAAAACUCCCUUCCCUUAUGCCACGUGACUCUACCGGACCUAAAUUCCUCUCCCAGGAACAGCAGGAGUUCCUUGCUGAACUUGAUGUGUGGCUGCAUUCAGAGAGCACCGUUGCCGCAACUGACAGCAUUUCCAACAAGGCCAUGAACUCUGACCCUCAUUUCCAGGGGUCAGAAAGUUGUGCCCGAUUCUGGAGCGGGAAAUCUGGUUUUUCUGUGACACCAUGACCCCUGCCUGCAGCUAUAGGAGAAAAACUCCAUGGCUCAUGUUUCAGGGGAAUGUCAUCUUGCUGGUUUUAGUUCUGAGUCCAUCUCCAAGCAUCAAUCUUAUCGUCAGAGAGAAUCUAAUUCCAUAGACCUGGAAGAACUAGCAGCAUUUGGAAGAGCUGGUCCAGGACUGAGCUGAAAUGGCCUCUCCAGUUUUGCCACCCCAUUCAGAAGCUUUGCAUUCGGGAAGGUCAUUUUGAUGAUUUUCUGUGGCACAGAAGAGAGGGGGCUGACAUAGGCAGUAAUUGCUAUUGGUGACCAGACUGUUUCCUAGUGUGGGGCGAUCACCAUUUUGCCUCCAGGAUUUCCUAGAUUGAGGGCAGUAGGUCACCACAUUGUGCCGCCAUUGAGUCAAUGAGAGUGAGGGCAAUACUUCCAGCUGUCACUCUUGGAAGUUGGGGGAUGGCAAUGCCAGCAACCAGCCACUGGAAUUCCAAGGAACACCAUUAUCAUCACCAGGACAGUAAAACAGAUGGUAGGUAAACCUAGAAGGGUGGUCUUGGGAAAUCUCAACCCUCACUCAGAGCUCCCAAAUCCUGAGCCAAAAGUUCUUUCAAGGGAAUGUUUGACUUGGCCCUUGUUAAUGUGGAAGUCCCAAAUUUAUGCCCUGUCCCAGUGUCACGGUUCAGUUCACCGGCAAUCGAAGUCCCGGCAGGGGACGUCAGGACCGGGAGCAGGAACAAGGGUCCAGAUGCCAGGAGUCAGGAAGCCAAGAGUCUGAGGGUCAGAGAGCCUGGAGUCAAGAAGCCAAGAAGCCAAGGGUCCAAUGGUCAGGAAGCAAGGAGUCACAAAGUCAAGGGUCUGAGGAUCAAGAAGCAAGUAGUCAUGAAGUCAAGGGUCCGAGGAUCAAGAAGCAAGGAGUCAAGAAGCCGAGGUUCAAGGAUCAGGAAGCAAGACGCCAAGCUCAGCAAGGCAGGAAGCGUGUUGCUGUGGCAAAGAGCCAAAGGGAAAUGCUGACCUUAUAUCCCUUCCCAGCUCUUGCCACCAGGUGCUGUGAGUUACCAAUCUGUCUCACCUGUGUGGCCGCGCCUUGCCUCUUCAGAACAAACUUAGGAAAACCCCAGUCCUGUAAAGUCCUAUUGGUCACAGGGCCUGGCUCCUGCACACACACCUGACACCCAGUCUCAAACUUACUACAUAGUCUUAGCUAAGUUUUUAUCUUUCAGCCUCAACCAUUCAUCUUAAGCAUGAGGAUAAUAAUGCUAAUCUAUCUUUCAGAGUUCUUGUAAUAAUUAUUAGUAUAAGAUAUACUAAUCCUUGCAAUUUAUGGUCCCCUGAGCAUAAGAAAGCCCAUCAGCUGCAUAUUGCAAUAUGCUCCACUUUCCAAUGAAACCCCUUGCUUUGGGUUUGGUGGUUCCAGAAACUUUAUUAUUUUAUUUUCUUUGAGAAAAUAUGCAUCCUGCACUUUCACUGGAAAAACAGUGCUCAGUUUAUGGUGGACUGCAGUACACAGAGGGUGCACUGCUUUCAGCCUGUUGAGUUGCAAGUUGUGCGAGUUGUAUAUGUGGCGCAUUUUGAGAAAGCAUUUCAUAGAUACAAAGCUGAAUCUAUUGUUUGGUCAUACAAAUCCAUCACUGGUUGCAACUCCAAGAAGCCCUGGGGGCUCGCUCAGCACCCACUCUGUGGGGCCUUGGAUGCAACUUCUGGGUCUCAUCUGAGGCCUUGGGGGGGCCUUGAAAGGGGUGUCCUAGGCCUCGCAGGGCCUCCAACAUCACUUCCGGGGGUGACGUAAAGCCAUGACUUCAUGUUAUAACGGCACCGCUGGGCACCCACGAUGUGGGGCCCAAGUCAGCGCCCUGAAAUCCUUUUGUUCCUGACUGGGGAAUUUGAUGUGGGAGAGAGGGCAACCUCAGCCAAAUGAACAUAAUGAUCUUUCAAGCCAAAGAUGGCUACCCUUGUAGAUAUUGUUGAACAUUGACUCCCAUCAGCACCAGCCAGAAUGAUCAGUGGUCAGGGAUGAUGGGAGUUGUAGUCUAACAACAUCUGGUGUGCCACGUACAAGUGUCUGCUAUUUCCCUGCAUCAAGAAUCUGCUUCUGAUGUAUUAUUUUUACUAGUGUAUUAAUUUUCUGCUUUAAUUGCUCUGCAUCCCAAGUGACCAUGCCAUUUGACUGGCUUAACAAGUUACUAUGAUGAACUCUCCUCUAAUUAAACUAAAGCAAUUCACCGAAUUACAUCAUGCUUAUUUAGCAUUAGGAGGGCCAACAAAAUCAUCAACUGGAAGUUCUUUUUUCAGAAGCAAAUCGCCUUUAAUAGUGGGUGACUGAUGUGAGUGUGCAUGCGCCCCUUUCCCUCCUCCCUGCCAACACUCAUUUCUUCUACUUUUUGUGAAUGAGCAACUUUAAACCUUCUUGUGAGAUGGGGGGGGAAAUGCUAAUCAAGAUGUCACGUCCAUAAAAGGAUGGCCUUUUCAGGUUUCCACUAAGCAGGUAUCAGCUGUGUUUUGUUCCUGUAAAAAAAAUAAAAUUGUGCUGCUCUUCUCUGUGCUCCUGCACUUCUGAUUCUUGGCACUGGGACAGUAAGUUCUUUGUGCUCUGGUAUUACAAUGAGGCUACCAAAGAGAAAGAGCCUUGGUCCGAGGCUGUCAGCUGUUACUAAUCACUGUUCUAUGGCUUGCUGUGAAUCUCUGCGAGUCCUUACCUCUUGCUCUGCUUAGCACACAUAAAGAAGAUAAAUUACGCCUUUAGUUUCCCUUCAAAAAGCAUAUUGUGUGGCACAUUCCAAUACAGUGAGCAAAAGACGGAAUCAUGCAAAGAGUUAAAUUAGUAUCUAAACAGCCCCCGCAGCAGGGCUUUGCCCUGGCAGAUGUGAGGAACAGGAAAUGUACUGCUGGGCUGGGCAUCCAAAAAGUUCCUUGUUGCUUUGCACUUGACAAGUUUCAGAGGAUAAAUCAGUUGCAGCUCAAAGCACAGCAUGUCUGGAGUUUAUUUGGAGCCUGCCUAUGCUCUUCAGCUAUAGAACCUGGCUUCAAUGCCAAGGGCGGCGUUAUGGAAAGUGAUGAUAAAAAGACAAGAGUGAAUCUGAGCAUGUACAAAAUUAUCUCGAAGUAAUCACAGUCUCUCCACAAAACAUGGCAUUGGGGAACCUGUCUGAGGGCAAGAGGCCUUGACCCCGGUGAAAGAUUCAUGAACCGUGGUCCAAAUGAAAAUAUCUCUACAUCAUCUUCAUUGGAGGUCUCUUUGUAUUACAUGCCAGGUUUGUUUUGCUUUGUUUAUAUUAAACAGGGUUAACGAUGACAGCAGUUAAAAUACCUGGCUAAAUAACUUUUUUUUUCUGGCACCAAAAUAUAGCAACUUAGGCACCUAGUGAGCCUUUUAAGGGAGGGCAUUCCAGAAUUGGGUUUCUAUUAGCAAAUUAGUAGCUGCUUUGUCAUUAAUCCUCCAAAUAAUUCGGAAUUACAGUUUGCAGAUCAAAUUUUAAACUGUAUGCUCACUAUUUGAUAAUUUCCUCUACACCCGCAUCCCAUAAGUAUAGGGAACACUUCAGCAUGUCAACCUGGCAUUUUCAGCAGCUAAAAGUGUUGUUUUUUUAAAUUCUGUUGGGCGCUGUAGGUAUAAUAUGCCAGCGAUACAAUAUCCAUAGGUUCAUCAGGAGAGCUCAGUGAAGAAUAUUACAGGUGGACCACUACAGUCCACUGGUGGGCCGCCAGCUAAUUUCUUUUCACUUGAUAGUUGCUGAGAUUUUGACCCUAUCAAGGCACUUUUAAUGUUCUUAUACACCUUUCAGGGAUGUUUACUGAGGAAAUUGGAAACAUACAAUGAUCUACCAGUCUUCAAACAACCCUAUUAAAAAAAAAAUCUAGAGUAAUUAGGAGCAUCCCAGGGAAACAAGGGACUUACAUUAAAAACAUAUGGCAUACACUAAAAACAGUAAAGCAAUUCAGGUGCUAUGAAUAGGGGACAGUGAACAUGUGAACAUGUGAUGGGGACAAGUAGAGAUGAGCACACUAGCUGCAUCCCAUCUCUCAUCCUCUUCAUCACCUUCCAACUGCUGGUUGUCUAAAGCAUGGACCUUUUUAUAUCUGCAGAGACUCCCUGUGUAUCUUAAAAUGCUUUUGUUUUGUUUUUUUAAUGCUAUCAGAGGACUGUUGUCCUUUGUCUGAAAUGACAACAGACCUCCUGGUUGACAGAGUCUAUGCUAGGAUUAGCUAGCUGUUCCUUCAGACUUGUACUAGCUUUGUCCUUCACAUCCUGCUCUGAUCAUGGAGGGAUAGUCUAGCACAGCCUUUCCCCAAGUCCUCUAGAUGUUGUGGACUGCAGUUCCCAUCAUCCGUGACCAUUGUCCCUUCUAGUGGGAGUUGAAAGGAGGUGGCAUCCAAAACAUCUGGAGGGCACCAGCUUGGACAAGGCUGGUCUAGCAGAUCAGGUCAGAGUCCCAGGAUCUCAUAUACUUUCCAAAAAAUCAGCAAAGCCUUUACUGCUCCUGGAGCUGAUUACCUCUCCCAUGCUUUACCCACUUCCUGAAAAGUGGCAGUUCUUAACACUACUCUGCUUCUCACUUAACUCCUACCUGAUGCAUUGCCUGCAGCAAUAAGAAGGAAUCAGGAAGCAGAAGACCCCACUUAUAACUCAAGGGGCUGAUUAGUUCAGAUAGAACUCUUGUCCUGUGUCCAUUUCAUCUCUAUUUAAAUGUGGAAUUUCCUCUGCACCUGUAAUCAAGUAUCUGCAGGAGCACUGAUGGAAGGAUGCACUCCCACAAGUUAAGAUGCUUGAAGGAGGGGUAUGAUGCCAGAGGAGGAGAGGACAGAGGGUGAAGAAAGAGUUGUGAGUGGAGGGGAGCAUUUUCCCCAUCCUUUGGACCCCCUGGGAAACUCAUCAAACCUGCUGCACCUGGAACUGGGUGUGGAGAGUGCAGCUGUGGGCAGCCGAAGAAAGUACCAUCCUCCUUGGGCAUGUCCAUAAAAAGCAAGUCCAGAGUAAGAGACUAGGGUGAUGUCAGCUGUUUUCAGGAACUCUUUUCAUUGGUGGGUGAGUUGAGAGUUUGUUUGCACCCUGGGUUCUUACCUGGAGGCAGAGAGGAAGGGGUAUCAGAAGGAAAAUGAAUUGAUAUUUUUAUAUAUUACAAACUUUAUAUUAAUGUAACAUUUUCAUAUGUAGCUGUGUGUUUUUGUAAUAUCUGUUUAAGUUGCCUGUUGUUUCAGCUUUCUGCACACUGCUUGGAGAUAUUUUUUAAUAUAUUAAGCACUAUAGAAAUUAAAUAAUAAUGAAUACAUAUAUUAGAAACUAUAUGGAAAUAGUAAAAGAUUAUACCAGCUCAAUAUUUGGGGGUAAUAGCAUCUACAGCCUGUGUAUAAUGUGAUGUUUUUACUGUAUGUUUUUAAUAUAUACAGUGGUGCCCCGCAAGACGAAUGCCUCGCAAGACGGAAAAACCGCUAGACGAAAGGGUUUUCCGUUUUGAAGUUGCUUCGCAGGACGAAUUCCCCUAUGGGCUUGCUCGCAAGACGAAAAUGUCUUGCGAGUCUUGAGAUUCUUUUUUCGCUUUUCCCCCUUUAUCUAAUCUGCUAAGCCUUUAAUAGCCUUUAAUAGCCUUUUAGCAGCUAAUCCCUAAGCCUUUAAGCCUUUAAUAGCCGCUAAACAGCUGAUAGCGCUAAUAGCGCUAAUCCGUCAAUGGGCUUGCUUCGCAAGACGAAAAAACCGCUAGACGAAGACUCUUGCGGAACGGAUUAAUUUCGUCUUGCGAGGCACCACUGUAUUCAUGCGUUUCUUUGUACAAUUUUUAAAUUAAAAUUUGUGAAUUAUAACAAUUUGUACAAUUUUUGGGAACGUGACCAGCUUCUUUUGUAGAUAAGAAAUUACAACAUAAGAAGUUCAAGCACAAAAUAAUUGUGUUAUAUAGCAUUUGCAACGCAUUCCAAAAACAGACAUACCAUCUCUCCCAAUCCAAGGGUAGUUCAUGUGUAUCAAGGGAGAGAGGGGAAGCUUUUAUCUCCCCUGCAGUUGUGCUGUUAUAAAGCACACCAUGUCUCAAAUUUCAAGGGAGAAAGGUAACAUAAGAGCAAAGGAAGUCACUUUAUAUCAAGCCAGACCAUUGGGCCAUCUGCAUCAGUGUCGUCAACACUGAAGUGGGAUAGCUCAGUCUGUAGAGCACAAGACUCUUAAUCUCAGGGUUGUGGGUUUGAGCCCCAUGUUGGGCAAAACACUCCUGCAUUGCAGGGGGUUGGACUAGAUGAUCCUUCCAAAUCCACAAUUUUAUGAUUCUAUGAUAUCUGAAGUUGCUGGGGAUUGAAUCUGUGGGUGGGGAGGCAGUUGCUCUAUCACUGAACUAUGACCCUUCCCUCUUUGGACUGUAGCUCCAUGAGAGAGCAUCUGCUUUCAUAUUCAGAAGCAUUCUAUCUUUGAUACUGUUGAUAAUAUAGCCAUCGUGACUAGUAGACACUGAUAGCUUUAUUCUUCCAUUUAUCUCAUCCUCUUUUAAAGCCAUCAGAGCUGGUGGCUGUAACUUGUGGGAGCAAAUUCCGUAAUUUAACAACACGCUCUCUGAGAAGAAAUACUUCUUUUUCUGAAAGCCACGCCAUUCAUCAGGGUUCUCGUAUUACAAGAAUGCUUAUUCUAGUACAGUGGUACCUCAGGUUAAGUACUUAAUUUGUUCCGGAGGUCUGUUCUUAACCUGAAACUGUUCUUAACCUGAAGGACCACUUUAGCUAAUGGGGCCUCCUGCUGCUGCCACGCCACCGGAGCACAAUUUCUGUUCUCAUCCUGAAGCAAAGUUCUUAACCUGAAUUACUAUUUAUGGGUUAGCAGAGUCUGUAACCUGAAGUCUAUGCAACCCGAGGUACCACUGUAUGUGUAUUCACAGUUUUUUUGUGAUGUACAGACUCUAGUUUCACUCUCAUGCUUCUAUUUGCUAGGAGUUGCUGCCCUGGACAGCAAAGCAUCAGGGAAGAUGGGGCUCCGAGCCGUCGUCUACUACAUGAGCACCACAAUCAUUGCUGUCCUGAUUGGAAUUAUCAUGGUGGUCAUCAUCCAUCCAGGGAAAGGGUCGAAGGAAAAAAUGCACCGAGAAGGCAAGAUUGUGCGAGUGACAGCCGCAGAUGCCUUUCUGGACUUGAUCAGGUAAAAAUGCAUUUUCUGUCGUAUAAGCAAGGUAAUGAAAGUUACAGCAUAUGACUGAAUUUAUUAACACCGAGCUAUCAAUCUCUUUUCGCUCUCUUUUCCCUUCAAAAUGGCACCCCCGGCUCAGAAAUAACUUGUAAACAUAGACCCCCAAGGCUUAUUGAUCAGGCUUUUUAAGCUUCUUAACAAUGUACUGUGGGGUUUACUAAUGAGAUUUGAAGCAAUUCAUAAUUCCCCCAUUCAGGGUCAGCCCUACUAUUUGUUGUUGUUUAGUCGUUUAGUCGUGUCCGACUCUUCCUGACCCCAUGGACCAGAGCACGCCAGGCACUCCUGUCUUCCACUGCCUCCCGCAGUUUGGUCAGACUCAUGUUUGUAGCAUCGAGAACACUAUCCAACCAUCUCAUCCUCUGUCAUCCCCGUCUCCUUGUGCCCUCCAUCUUUCCCAACAUCAGGGUCUUUUCCAGGGAGUCUUCUCUUCUCAUGAGGUGGCCAAAGUAUUGGAGCCUCAGCUUCACAAUCUGUCCUUCCAGUGAGCACUCAGGGCUGAUUUCCUUCAGAAUGGAUACUAUUAGGCAGAGUAAUAUGGCUGCCUCAGGAAACAUAACUGAGGAGGUGGUAUUCACCCACCAUUUCCCCUGAGUUCCCUAAGCUGGUCUACUCUGCACUAUCGAAACUCUCCUGCUGUGCUCAGUAUGGUGGAGGAAAUUGUCCCAUCACCAGUAUUGAGGUAAGAUUCAGGGGCCAGCCACCUUUGAUCUCAAUAGUAGAGCAAUGGCUUUCCAUGCAGACAGUACCAGGCUCAAUCCGUGGCAUUUCCAAGCAAAGCUGGGAAUGUCCCAUCUGGAACCAUGGAGAGGUGCUGCAUGUUGAUGCUAGAUGGACCCAUGUAUUGACUUGUUUAAAUAGCAGCUUCCUAUGUUCCAGGGCUCCAGUCUGAUUCUGUAUGUAGAAUGGAAAAGUAAAAGAAGAAGGUAGUUAGCAUAGGACUCCUUGACAUAAUAACAGGAUGUCUGUGGCUUUUUUAAGUUUAGAAUUUUAUAGUACUGACUCAAAUAAAAUUUUACAUAGAAUUUUUAAAAUGGAAAGAUUACUGUAGGACUUUGUUCUAACUUCCUGUUGUGGACAUUUCAUUCUGGAAAUCAUUAAUGUACAAAAUGUAAAAAAUGUACAAAAAUGUACAAAAAUGUACAAAAAUGUACAAAAAUGUACAAAAAUGUACAAAAAUGUACAAAAAUGUACAAAAAUGUACAAAAAUGUUGCGGAUUGUGAUAUGUGGAUUUGGGGGACACCAUCUUAUCCUUUAUGUUGGCAAAAUGCCUUAGGCAGACCUGCCCCAAUUCUCCCCACAGCUGUGCGUGUGAAGAAUUUGAGAAUUUCUUCUGUGGGUUGACUGUGAACCUGUUGGAACUGUGAUUUCAAAUAAUGCUCUGGCUCUAAGUUUUGGAGGGUCCCUUUCUAUACCCUCCUCCUUCAGCGGCUUUACUUUCUCACUGCAAAAGUGUUGUUUAUAUUCUGAAUCAAGGAAGACGUGUAUUUAUUAUUUCUAUUGUCUAACCAAAGUAAACUUGAGGCAGGGUAGAUUUGCAGCAUGCUCUUGCUCAAAAGGUUGAGGAGAAAAUCGCUGAGAUUAAUUUGGUGAAUUGCAAAGAAGUAGCAGUCUUUUUUAAAAAGAAAAAAGAAAAGGAAAAAAGAGAGAGUAAAUUGAUGCUAGUUCAAUAUACUGCUGAGACCAUAUGCCUGUGGUAGAAUACAUGUCUCAUAUUCAGUCCCUCACAUCUCCCAUUAAGAGGAUCAAGUAGCAAAUGAUGGGAAACACCUCUGCCCCAAGAACCACUGCAAGUCACUAUAAAUUAUCAUCACUAGGUGGACAAACAAUCUGAUCUAGUAUGGUAUGGAAGCUUCUUAUGAGCAUAAGAACGUAAGAAGAAUCCUAUUGGGUCAAGCCAAAUAGAUGACCAUGGAGCCCAACCCUAUACAUAUUACCUUUAUGUAAACCCCACCAGCUUCAAUAGGGCUUCAUCUUGAAAUGAUAAAAGAUGUGUACUAUUCCUCAAAUAGUUGUUGUUCUUUCUUCACAGAAACAUGUUCCCUCCGAAUCUGGUGGAAGCCUGCUUUAAACAGGUAACGAUGUAUGGUUUUAAUUACACCUAUCUUCAUCCGGGAGCUUCAAGUAAAUCUUCUGAUGCAACUGAGUAGUCUUAGCCAUUAUGUUUUUGUAAUGCCUAGAAAAGACACGGACAUAACGUCUCUCCUUUUCCCCAUCUCUCACAGUUCAAAACAAACUAUGAGGAACGGACACCUAGUAUAGCAGUUGACUCAAACGAAACAUCUGUCCUUGCUGGCAUUAUAAACAAUGUGUCCGAAGCAAUGGAAAACCUAACUCAGUUGAAAAAGGAGAUGAUCCCUGUUCCAGGGGCUGUAAAUGGAGUAAAUGCACUUGGACUGGUUGUGUUCUCAAUCAGCUUUGGACUGGUGAUAGGGAACAUGAAGGAGCAAGGACGAGCAUUGAGAGAAUUCUUUGAUAGCCUUAAUGAGGCUAUCAUGCGCCUCGUAUCACUAAUCAUGUGGUAGGUGUUGAAUGCUACAUUUGUUGAUCUAUCUAGCACCAUCCGUGUGCAUGGCAUUUUACAGAAUACAAGAGGAAAUAUCCCUUCCCUGCCUAACAUUCUCCAUUUAUUUGCCAUUAAUUUCCAGUGCGGCUAAAUAACAGAACAAUCUCAUGCAUGUUUGCUUGGAAGUAAGUUCCUCUGUAUUUGGUGAAGCUUACUCUCAUGUAAAUGUGUUUAGGAUUUCAGCCUUAGCCCCCUUGAAAUGUGUCAGGAAAUUUCUGAGUGCGUGCAAAUAGCACCACCAAAAUAUACACACCUAGGCUUCUCAUUGGAUAGCCGUAUAUUAUAUUAACUGUGUGGUUUGUUUGUAGGUAUGCGCCACUUGGUAUCCUGUUUUUGAUUGCUGGAAAAAUUGUUGAGAUGGAAGAUAUGGGUGUGAUUGGAGGGCAGCUUGCCAUGUAUACUGUUACUGUCAUCAUUGGCUUGCUCAUCCAUGCUAUUGUAGUGCUCCCUUUACUCUACUUCCUAAUCACUCGAAAGAACCCUUGGGUCUUCAUUGGAGGAUUGCUGCAAGCUCUCAUCACAGCCCUGGGAACAUCUUCAAGGUAGGAAUAUUCAUAGCCAAGAUCAAGUUUGAUUUUGAGUGAACGGGGUGAGUUCACUGAGUUUGCUUAUGCACAUACACCAUUUUAAUAACUCCACUUUUGCCUCAACCCAGCUCUAGUCAUGUUUUAGGUAAAGGUAAAGGGACCCCUGACAAUUAGGUCCAGUCGUGACCGACUCUGGGGUUGCGGCGCUCAUCUCGCUUUAUUGGCCGAGGGAGCCGGGGUACAGCUUCCGGGUCAUGUGGCCAGCAUGACUAAGCCGCUUCUGGCGAACCAGAGCAGCGCACGGAAACGCUGUUUACCUUCCCGCCGGAGCGGUACCUAUUUAUCUACUUGCACUUUUGAUGUGCUUUCGAACUGCUAGGUUGGCAGGAGCAGGGACUGAGCAACGGGAGCUCACCCUGUCGCAGGGAUUCGAACCACCGACCUUCUGAUCAGCAAGUCCUAGGCUCUGUGGUUUAACCCACAGCGCCACCCGCGUCCCUAAAGUCAUGUUUUACAAAGGGAAUUAAUAUGACAAGCUGUACCAGUGUAUGGAUAGGGAACUUCACAUAAUGUUUACAGCAGUGCAUUGAGUUUAGGCCAGGAGUGGAGAACCUGAUGCCUUCCAAGUGUUGUUGGAUUGUAGCUCUCAUCAAACCUGACCAUUGACUAUGCUGGCUUGGGCUAAUGGGAGCUGAAGCCCAGCAACAUCUGGAGGGCCAGAGAUUUCACAUUUGGGUGCACAGACCAAUGGACAUCCAAUUUACACUCAUGGGUCUGUUCUGAAAUGGACUAGCAUUGGAUACAGCCCAUGGUUCCUGAUCCAGUAAGUGUGCAUCUGGGACUACUUUAUAUCCAGCGCUCUCUACUUUGGCACUAGCUUUCCAGAUCUAAGGCUUUCAACUGAAAUGACAGGGUGUGAACCAGGACACAUCUGCAGGCAACUCAUGAGAUCCACCACUGAGGUAUGGGCUCUACCAAUAACACACAGGCACCCAACUAUGUGUGGAGAUGCUCUUAGCUAGAUUGGGGCACUGGCACACAGUUGAACAUGUGAACUAAUUUCAUUUAAAUAAUAAUAUUUUUUAGGUAAUUUGAGGAGACAGGAAAUCUCUGUCUGCCGUCCUUGUUCUGGGUGGCUCCAUAAUGUCAGUAAAAUGUGUAUAGCCAUCAUCCAUAUCAAUAUUACCUGCCUUUUCUGAUGAGUUAAUUUUUCUCCAUUUCCCCCCUUUUGGCUUUAGUUCUGCCACCUUGCCGAUCACAUUUAGGUGUUUGGAAGAGAAUAAUGGAGUAGAUAAACGCAUUACAAGAUUUGUGCUUCCUGUGGGUGCUACUAUUAACAUGGAUGGUACAGCUUUGUAUGAGGCACUGGCUGCAAUUUUCAUUGCACAGGUUAAUAACAUGGACCUCAACUUUGGACAGAUUAUCACAAUCAGGUUUGUAAAUGUUGCAAAACCUUAGACGUUUGCAUGGGCUGCUUUUUGCAUCAUAUGGUAGUGGGAAAGACAUGUGAUAGGAGCCACAGUAUAUUUCAAUCAUUAUGCCCAUGAUUGAAAACAUUGUCAUUAUGAGUUAGCUCCAGGUUUUGUAAAUCCACUGAAAGCAAUAGGACUUAAAUCAUCACUUAACAUAGUGAAGUAGCUCACUUCUAGGGGGAUGGGUAUCACAAUAUAGCCCUCACAAGCUAGACUGUACAAAGAAGAAGAAAGAAAAGGAUCGCCAUAAUGUUGAAUAAAAUGGGGGUCCUUGAAUAACUUAAUGAUUCAGGCUGAAAUUCUAUGCACAUUUACCUGGGAGCAAGUCCCAUUGAACUCACUUCUGAGUAGGCAUGCAUAGGAUUGGGCUAUAAUUCUCUCCCAUUGAAAUAGAUCCCUUUUUAUCAACACAGUUCAGCAUACUUCCUUGAGCCUGUUCUGUACUCAUUUGAGAAAAUCUUCAGUGAUUCCUGUAACUUUAGUAAUUUUCAUAAUCAGGGGUAAAGAGUAAAUGAUGAUUCCUUGAAUAUCAUUGUUAUCAUCAGAUUUUAUUGGCCAACCAAAUACAGGUUAUAGGCAAAAGCAAGCACACGUCUCAAAAACAUAUUAUAGCACAUAUGUUUAAAGCAUUAUAAUACAUAUAUCGGUUUAAUCUGCACUUUGCACCCCAAGUGUAUUCAUGUUUGCUCAGAAGUAAGCCCCAGUGAGUUCAGUGAGACUUGCUGCCAGAAAAGUGUAUAUAGGAUUACUGCACAGUCUUAAUCAGCUACAGCAGGGGUGGUGGAGAACCUCCAGUCUGUGGUACAAAUCUGGCCAUUCCUAACAAACCACACCCAUCUGAUGUCAUAUGCAGUAUUCCAUCAGGUGUGGGGUAGCUCUGUAUGUGACUACAAAGGAACAUUUGGGAGCUUGAAGUCAGCUCCUGGUUGUUCCUUUGCAGGAGCUAGGUGUGCCCCAAUCAGUCAUCAGCCGAGUUUUUCCCCUCCGUUUUAUUAGCAGUUUCAAUGUAAACCACUUUGUGCUACUAAUCCCUGUACAAAGCAGGCUUGAAUUAACCACCCAUCAGCUGAGUUCAAGGCCACAGGAAAGUGCUUUGACAGCCUUCUGCUCAGUGCAACAACUGGAUGGCACCACAUCGUGGAGCAGAGAGGUGUCCCUAAUGACAGAUCUGGCUCAGGCAUUUUGAACUUGUUGCCUUCCAGCUGGCUGUGCUGGCUAGAGAUCCAAUGUGGUGUAGUGUUUAAGAGCAUUGGUCUCGUAAUCUGGGGAACCGGGUUCGCUUCCCCGCUCCUCCACAUGCAGCUGCUGGGUGACCUUGGGCUAGUCACACUUCUCUGAAGUCUCUCAGCCCCGCUCACCUUACAGAGUGUUUGUUGUUGGGGAGGAAGGAAAAGGAGAAUGUUAGCCGCUUUGAGACUCCUUCGGGUAGUGAUAAAGCGGGAUAUCAAAUCCAAACUCUUCUUCUUCUAGAUGGGAGUUUUAGUCCAAAACAUCUGGACAGCACCAGGUUAGGAAAGGCUGAUCUAGAGUAUGUGCAAAUUUUUCUCAUAAGACAUAAAGGAAGAUGGGAAAACAUUUUUGUAAAAUGAUAGAUAGAUGAUAGAUAGAUGAUAGAUAGAUAGAUAGAUAGAUAGAUAGAUAGAUAGAUAGAUAGAUGAUAGAUAGAUAGAUAGAUAGAUAGAUAGAUGAUAGAUGGUAGAUGGUAGAUGGUAGAUGGUAGAUGGUAGAUGGUAGAUGGUAGAUGGUAGAUGAUAGAUAGAACAAAAACACAACCUAUGUGUGUGUUUAAAAAUUAAAAGCUCUGUGUGAUUGUUUUGGUGUCUCCUUUCUCUGAACAGCAUUACGGCUACAGCAGCCAGCAUUGGUGCAGCAGGAAUUCCUCAGGCUGGCCUCGUCACUAUGGUGAUUGUAUUGACAUCUGUUGGUUUGCCUACAGACGAUAUCACCCUUAUCAUUGCAGUGGAUUGGUUUUUGUGAGUAUUUCUGCAGUGUAAAGUAUAGGCUAGUGGGCAUUCAUGAAAACUGAACUUGCAAGUCAUUUUAGUUAAUUUCCCCAUGAAUGUUUUAUCAAUAUUCAGUUGUAUUGCAUAGGAUAUAAAAAAAUGAUCUUUUUAACUGCAAAGCAAGCCAGCACCCAUUAGGAUGUUCCCCAUGCCCUGAAAGUAUUGUGUUUCUCAAAUCUCUGCUCACUCAAGAAGCUUUCUGGAUGAUGUUGUGCCAGAAACAUACUUUAUUUCAUCAGUCCUACUUCAUAGAGUUGUUGUGCUGGGGAAAAGGAUAGCCCCUUCCCACCACUCCAUGAGCCGAAGGUUAAGAAUCUCUGCCUUAGAGGAAAGGAUCAGAUGGAAGUGUUACAAAUAAAUUUCUUUAUAUACAAUUAUAUGUUCUGUUUUGUUACUUCAGUAAAGAAUUGCAAUGUUAAAUACACUGCAGAUUACAUCUUCCUUUCCUAAUUUCAGUGAAUCAGUGUAAUAAUGUACUGUGUGUAUUGGGGCUUUGGAGGGCUGGGACUGCCUAGCUUGUUUAAAUUGCAAAUUGUUCUAUAGGGAUCGUCUGCGUACCACCACCAACGUUUUGGGAGACUCUAUCGGCGCAGGGAUUGUAGAACACUUAUCGCGGCAUGAAUUGAGGAGCAAGGAUGCUGAGAUGGGUAACUCUGUGAUAGAGGAGAAUGAAAUGAAGAAGCCUUACCAGCUGAUCUCCCAAGAGAACGAGAAUGAAAAGCCCUUAGACAGUGAAACCAAGAUGUAA